CGGAUCUAACGUCCUAGUUGACUAUGCAACAAUUGCAGUCACCGCUAGAAAUAAAAACUGCCUACUUAAGCCUACAGUGAUAACUCUGGGAAGGCUGAUGAUCAAGACAAAAACUUUGGCACUCAGAAGAAACAUGUAAACAAUCUUCCAGAUUAUAAAGUUGCCAUAAGUACACAUGGUGGAAGAGGGGAACAAGCAGGGUGAGCUCAAGGACUCUCGGAAGCCCGGCUGUUUCGAUCCCGAGGAAUUCCGUGCCGGCCAGAGCAGCGCAGGCACCGGAGGGGCCGCAGGCAGCCCCGAGGGCACAGGCGCAGCACCGGGGAGCCCAGCGCUGCCGGCGGGGAGAGACGGCAAAAUGCCCCCGGUGGUCGGGAUGCCUUUUUUCCUGAAUGGAUUGGGGAUCGAGAUGCAGACGACCGACCUGCAGAAGAAAGCCGAACAGAGUAGCGAACACACACACACACACACACACGCACACACACACGCACGCACACACACACACACACACACACACACAAGAGCAGGAGCCGUCAAGGCGGCGAAGCGACCGCCGGAGCUGUGGGACGGCGGAGGCCGACCCCGAUGAGCUGGCCGGGGAGGCCGGGGAG